CAGUCGCUCCAAGAUAACCUGACUCUCUGUUGUUAUUUUUUGUCUUUCCCCGAGUCAGUCAGACACGAAAAUGGCUGAAGAAGUGGGCGAGCUAACUUCUCCUGGAAUCCUUCAAGAAAUUUUCACCUCGCCCCUAAAUCUGAGCUUGCUGUGCCUCUGCCUCUUCCUCCUAUAUAAGAUUUUUCGGGGAGAUAAACCCGCGGACGUGGGCGAGAUCGAGGAGCCGCUGCCCAAACUGAAGAAGAGGGAUUUCACUCUGGCCGAGCUGAAGGAGUACGAUGGAACCACCAAUCCCAGAAUACUCAUGGCUGUCAACGGGAAAGUGUUUGAUGUGACGAGAGGAAAGAAGUUCUACGGUCCAGAUGGCCCUUAUGGGGUCUUUGCGGGAAGAGAUGCUUCAAGGGGAUUGGCUACAUUUUGUCUGGAUAAGGAGGCCUUGAAAGACGUGCAUGACGACCUUUCGGAUCUCAAUGCCAUGCAGCAGGAGAGCCUGAGCGAGUGGGAAACACAGUUCACCCAAAAAUAUGACUACAUUGGCAAACUCCUGAAGCCUGGUGAAGAGCCAACAGAGUACACAGACGAUGAAGAAGUGAAGGACAAAAAGAAGGAUUAGAAUGCCCAGAAGCACCAGAGGCAGCCAAUCACCUCAGUUCCUAGCAUUUCUGCAGUCAUCAUUAAGUGCCGAUAAUCCCGUUUCACCUUGACUGUUUGAUCAGAGCAAUGAUAUCUUCAUGUUUUUCAGUUUGCCUCACUGUGACCUUAAUUAACCUGUCUUAGAUUGCCAAGAAGGGGUUCAAUCUUAAAUCAUUUCUCUUAAAGAAGGCUGUAGUGUAUGUGAGAUUGGCAGUAUAUGUCAUUCAUGAUCUGUAGUUGUGAUGGUUGAGAUAUGUCUGAGUAGUGUACUGUGAUGACUGAUAUGGUACCCACUUUUAUAUUCUGAUUGUUUGUUUGUGGGCAUUUUAUCGAAUGUGAAUGUUGGACGGACACAGAAUUGCAAUACACUACAGAUAAUUCACACAGCAUUUCAAAAGCCCUUGGUAGAGGGAGUUGUUGGAAUGUGCUUUAUUAUUCUUAAGGUGCGGAUGAAAUGUAACAUUCCAGUGUUUGGGACCUAGGUAAAGAUUAGAGUGCUCAGUUGAAACACUUGUUGUACCUGGAAAAUUAUCAUUAAAGACAAUGUUGUGUAA